AUGUCUGAACGCCCUGAGAACAUCGGUAUCAAGGCCAUUGAGCUCUACUUCCCCAGCCAGUGUGUUGACCAGGCCGAACUCGAGAAGUUCGAUGGAGUCAGCGCUGGAAAGUACACCAUUGGUCUCGGCCAGACCAGAAUGAGCUUCUGCGACGACAGAGAGGACAUCUACUCGCUCGCUCUGACCGCCGUCUCCUCGCUCCUCCGCAAGUACAAGAUCGACCCCAAGGACAUUGGUCGCCUCGAAGUCGGUACCGAGACCAUUCUCGACAAGUCCAAAUCGGUCAAGUCCGUCUUGAUGCAGCUUUUCAAAGAGUCGGGCAACACCAAUGUCGAGGGUGUCGACACUGUCAACGCUUGCUACGGUGGCACCAACGCACUUUUCAACGCCAUCAACUGGGUCGAGUCCUCAGCAUGGGAUGGUCGACUCGCCAUUGUCGUCGCUGGUGACAUUGCUCUUUACAAGAAGGGUGCCGCCAGACCCACUGGUGGUGCUGGAUGCGUUGCCAUGCUGGUUGGCCCCGACGCUCCCCUGGCUUUCGAGCCCGGCCACAGAGGCAGCUACAUCACCCACGCAUACGAUUUCUACAAGCCCGACCUGACCAGCGAGUACCCCAUCGUCGACGGUCACUUCUCCAUCAAGUGCUACACUCAGGCUGUUGAUGCUUGUUACGAGGCCUACAACACUCGCGAGGCUCAGCUGAAGUCCAAGGCCAAUGGUGCUGCUAACGGCAACGGUGUCCACGCCGAGCCCGAGACUCCUCUUGACCGCUUCGAUCACAUGUGCUUCCACGCCCCUACAUGCAAGCUGGUUUCCAAGUCUUACGCCCGCAUGCUCUACAACGACUACAAGAAGAACCCCGAGAACCCUAUCUUCGCCGAGGUUCCUGCCGAGCUCAAGGGUAUGGACGUCGAGACCUCAUACAGCGACAAGACCGUCGAGAAGACCUUCAUGGCCCUCUCCAGGAAGCGCUUCGCUGCUCGCGUGCAGCCUUCGAUCCAGGUCCCCACCAUGUGUGGUAACAUGUACUGCGGAUCCGUCUACGGUUCGCUCUGCGCUCUUCUCUCCAACGUUUCAUCGCAAGACCUCCAGGGCAAGCGCGUCGGAAUCUUCUCAUACGGAUCAGGCCUCGCCUCAUCCUUCUUCUCGUUCAGAGUUAAGGGCAGCACCGAGGAGAUGAUGAAGCAGAUUGACCUCCAGAACAGACUCGACUCGCGCAGAGUCGUUGCCCCUGAGGUUUACGACGAGAUGUGCAACCUCCGUGAGCGUGCUCACUUGAAGAAGGACUACUCGCCUUCAGGCAACCCUGAGACUCUCUUCCCUGGUACCUACUACCUGACCAAGGUCGACGAGAUGUUCAGAAGAGAGUAUGCCAUCAAGCAGUAA